AAACCCCCCAAUCCCUGAUGCUACAAAACCGAGCAGUUGCAUUUAUCUGCACUAAAUUUCUUAAACCCUACUACCCAUUUCUUUCACCGUCAACGACAACGAUGAGCUCCACUGCCGUCGAAAACAUCAGUGAACCACAAGACGCCAUUAUCAAAGCUCCACUGAAGAACAUAGAUGAACCAGAUGUCGGAAUCCUUUGCUACAUCUCCCAGCUCCCUGGUUUUCGCGGCAUUCUUAAGCAAAGGUAUUCUGAUUUCAUUGUGAAUGAAGUUGAUUUGGAUGGAAAUGUUGUGCAUUUAACUUCACUGCAUCUUCCUCCUGAGAUGGCUGAGAAGAAGGAAGAGGUGGUAGCUGAGCAAUCAGAUAAAAGUUACACUGAAGAAAUUGAAUCAUUUAGGUCGUUAGCAGGUGACGCGGAUGCCGAUCGCCUGAAAGAAUUGAUUGAGAAGAUUAGUACUGGUGCUGAACAUGACGGUUCUCCAUUAGUUCUUUCUCCAAGUUCUGAUAAAGUACACCGCACGGCUGUGCACAACUUCUUCAAGGAGAAAUUGAAAUUUCUUGUCACAGACACAAUAGAUGGUCCUAAAGAUUCAUCGAAAUGCAUUCGUGUGCGGCCUAGUUCGUCAGGGAAUCAAAGUAAGGGCAGAAAUUUCAGGAAGCGGAAAGAUAGGGAUGAAAAGCCAUUUGAUAAGAGGGGCGCUGACUGGCCAGAGCAUCUUGGCAAGUUCCUUAGGUUUCACCUUUACAAGGAGAACAAGGAUACUCAAGAGGUCCUGAGGUUGAUUGGCAAGAUGCUUGGUGUCCAGCCUAGAGCAUUUGGGUUUUCAGGUACAAAGGAUAAGCGCUCGGUAUCUACCCAACAGGUAACUAUGUUCAAGCAGCGGGCUAGUAGAUUGGCUUCCCUCAAUGCAAGGUUGAUUGGUAUAAAAGUGGGUGAUUUCUGCUAUGUCAAAGAAGGGCUUCAGCUCGGCCAGCUUUUUGGCAAUAGAUUUACAAUAACGUUAAGAGGUGUUUCUGCUGAUUCUGAAGACUCUAUCAGAGCAUGUGCAGAUGCCUUAGGAAAGCAUGGGUUUAUUAACUAUUUUGGUCUACAGAGAUUUGGAAGUGGUUCUGUACCAACUCAUCUUAUCGGAGCAGCUUUACUUCGUGGAGAGUGGAAAGCUGCCAUUGAUAUGAUUCUUGAUCCUAGGGAGGGGGAAAGGGAAGCGGUGAGAAUGAUUCGGGAACAUUACAAGGAAAGCAAAGAUGUUGAAGGAGCACUGAGGCGAAUGCCGCAUCAUAUGGUUGCUGAGAGAUCAGUUUUGCUGUGUCUAAAGAAGUCCCCUGGGAAUUACCAGCAGGCACUAAAGGCUAUACCUAGAACAAUGAGAAUGAUGUAUGUACACAGUUACCAAAGCUACCUGUGGAAUCAUGCGGCAAGUGUUAGAUUACAGAAGUAUGGAGCGGACAGAGUUAUUGUUGGAGAUCUGGUAUAUUGCAAAGAAGAUUCCAGCGAGAUCAUAUCUGCCCGUACAGAAUGUGAGGAUGAUAUUAUUGUUGAGGCAGACAAUAGUAUUAAUCUAGAAGAGAUUGAAAUUGAUGUCCCUGAUGAAAAGAUUUUUUCAGUCAAAGCUGUUGAUGAGGAAGAUUUGCUCAAACAGAAGUAUACCAUUGAUGAUGUUAUCCUUCCAUUGCCCGGUUCAAGGGCAAUAUAUCCAGCGAAUGAUGUUGCUGAUGUCUAUCAUGACUUAGCUAAGAAGGAUAAUAUCAGCUUGAGUGAAAGUGUACACAAUGUCAAAGAAUUCUCAAUAACAAGUAUGAGUGGAGGUUAUAGACGUGUUUUCCAAAAACCAAUUGAUUUUGUAUGGGAAGUACUCAAGUAUAAGGAUCCUAGUACACCUUUGGCAGAUACAGAUUUGGACAUUCUUGCCAAGUCUGAAUCUGGAAAUAAGGUUCAAAAGGAGGAUACCGCCAAUGGAAGCAAUGUCAAUUCACCCGAUUCCCUUAAUGUACCAGUAAAGUGCAAAGACGGAACUUCAGAUAGCGCUGAGGUAGAUAGUGCAAAUCAGAGCUCUGAUUUGGAGGCCUCACAGACAGCUCUUAAGCUCAGUUUUACCCUCCCAUCGUCGUGCUAUGCUACAAUGGCUAUCAGGGAACUCCUCAAAACAUCAACAUCUGUUGCGUUUCAUAAAACAUUGAACGACCAGGUGUAGCUGCAUGAAGCAACACAUUCAUCUGAUGGAUAUGCACACAGAAAGCGUGCGCGGUGAUUUGGCAGCUCCUUUAGUCUCCAUUGCCAAGACUUGGAAACUUGCCUAGAGAUGGUUACAUGCGUUUAACUUAACAGAUCACAUGAUAUAUGGACGGCCCAUGGGAUUCAUAAGCAGACACUAGAUAUGCCAUUGGAAUGCAAUCGUACAUGCUUUGAUGCUCUUCUCCCUUGCAUAAUAAUAAGAAAAUUACAGAGUACUAUUCACUGGGGGUGCAGGUGCACACCUUGUAAUUUGUAUUAUGCAUGAUCAAGCACAGAAUUCAGUUCAUUCUUCUUGUGCUCUGAGAAGCACUGUACACUAACAAGAUAUUGUUAAAACCUAUAAAUUUGUUUUUGUAGGUAUUGUUCCCUUUUUCUGUAACUGAGAUCGGCAGUGGACGUAAUAAUGAAACUUUUUUGUAUUUUCAA